AUGGGCAUUCUCAAUGUGAAUGUGCAGCAGAGUUCUGUUGAAGCCGUGAGAGACUCCGAGGUUUUCUCAGUUAACCCAGGCGACACCGUUCCUCUUAACUGCAGGUCUCAGAGUGCAGCCUGGUACAAGCAGAGACUGUGGCGAGCAUCACUGGAAGCUGAACAGACGUCAGAUGAUGGAAGAAAUUCUGUUAUUCAGACACAAUUUGAACUGAAAUGGAUCGAGAGCAGCAGCAGCCCAGGAGCUCUUCAUUUAGAAAAAGUUAGUGAAGAAGAUCAGGGAAUGUACUUCUGUGGAGUGAAAGAUGAAAACACCUUGAACUUUAUUACCAGCGCUUUAAUAGACGUGACAGGAUAUCCUCAGCUAAACGUUUCAGUGGACGAGACUCCAGUACCGGGAUCAGUUUCUCCAGCAGAUCCGGUGAUUCUACAGUGCUCAGUCCUCUCUGAGAUCAGAUCAGCAGAACUGAGAGUGCUCUGGUUCAGAUCUGCUGCAGGAUCAUCCUUUCCUGAAAUCAUCUUCACUCAUCACAACAGCAGUCAGCCCGGAACACACCGCUGCGUUUACAACUUCUCCACCAACAUCACCAACAACAGCCACGCCCACUACUGCGCCAUGGCCACCUGCUGGAGACUCCUACCAUACAGAUCAUCUGCUGACCUCACCAAGUCUGCCCGGAACACUGUGUUCUACCUGUGGCCGGCGCUGGGAGUGUGUAUCACUGUGAUCUUUGCUCAAAUCCUUGUGAUCUGCACAACAACAAAGUGUGACCACUGCAGUGGUACCUGUGAGCAUGGGCUCUGCUACAGUGCUACAGUAGGUGUCUGCUCCAAAAGUGGGCAUGUCACGUUUGGCUGA